AGGUCGCAGUUAGUUGGCUUCAGGCAGCCGAAACAUACACAGAUCGUAGCAAGUAUGUGCCUUGAACUAUUUGCGUAGAACCGCAAGUUUUGCACUGCAUCUCGACGAGCAUUGCUGUAGCGAAAAGAUUAGAAAGUGCUUAUUCCUCGCGCUAGACGAGAUCCAGCCAACGCUUCAGAGUAGGAUAAUCCAAUUAAAUUUGGAAUUUCCCAGUUGUUAGUACUUUUAGGAUAAACUGAGAGAUAAUGAGUCUAUUCUUUUAAAAGUUCUCAUAAUAUAUUCCGAACCUUUAAAAUGCUGAUGCGACUAGUUUAGGUAGUACUUAACUUCAAGUGAUGUAACGUGUCAUAUUUACUUACCUAGUUAUAUGCAACUAUCGCUGAACGGUUACAAGUGCGAGUGAUCAAAUCAGAAGUGUUCGGUAAGAAGCAGUUUAGCCAGAUAGUAAAUAAUAACUUUCGGAAUUUGGCUAAGCCUAGACUUCAAGGUUACAGAUAACAAAUUGAGAUGUCCGAUAAAGUUUAGUCGUAGGGAGUGUACUUUUUAUCCAGUCAAAAAUUGAUCACGCUCGGUGGUUUUUGGAAUAGUAUCGUGAAAUCCAAGCCGGUGUGCCGAGCACAUUGAGAACCACGAUGAGUUGCCCGCUGCUAAGUUUCGUCGUCUUCCUGGCCGUUGUGGUGUUCCAGUUCGCCAGCUAUUGCAAAGCGACCCUAAUCGAUUCAUCGGCAACAUUCGGUCAGCCCAGAGACGGCUCGAUUGACUGGACAGCCAAGUACGAUCCGGCCACACUGCAGAUGCACAUGAACACCGUUUCGAACAUUAGCCUACGCUUGGACGGUUUCACUGCCGAGGAUUUGCAGGAUAAUCCGGACAUUCAACUGAAGAGCGAACGCACUCAUAUUGCUACGGUGCUGCAGGGUAUCAUACCGAUAGUGGAGAUUAGAGAUAAUGGAAUCUUCGAGGGUGAAUUCGACAUCUCGGGAUCGUUUUUGGGGUCGACGAACUUGUACGUAGAACUACGUAGGAAAGACAAUCAGACGGUGUUGUCUAAUGAGAAACUUCCGAUAACGGUUAUCCGUGAGGAACGGGUUAUCGAUACGGUGUUUACGAUAUCGGUCGCAACUUUGGUUUCAAUUUUGUAUAUUAAUUUCGGUGCAGCGAUGGAUAUCCCCACACUGAAAAUCAUCGCUCGCAGACCAAUAGGACCGAUAAUUGGUUUCUUAGCUCAGUUCCUGUUUAUGCCUCUGUUGAGCUACGGUCUGGGCCAUGUACUGUUUCCGAAUGACUACGAGUUGCAGUUGGGGCUGUUCUUCACAGGAGUUUCGCCAGCCGGUGGUGCCUCAAACAUCUGGACCGUGGUACUUGGUGGAAAUUUGAAUCUCUCCUUGGCCAUGACCACCAUCAGCACAUUUGCGGCGUUUGGAAUGAUGCCGUUGUGGAUCUUUACUCUAGGAAAAACCAUCUUCGACAAAGGCGAACUGAACGUUCCUUAUGCCAAUAUUGCAUCAUUCGCCGUUGGGUUGGUUGUACCACUCGGAAUUGGAUUGCUGAUCCAACGUUACAGUCCCAGAACGGCACGCAUCUUGGUACGGAUCCUUAAACCAAUGUCGGCUCUUCUCAUUCUGUUCAUCGUCAUCUUCGCUAUAAUUACGAACCUGUAUCUGUUUGAAUUGUUCUCAUGGCAAAUUAUAGUAGCUGGGUUAGGCCUACCGUGGAUCGGUUAUAUCUUCGGGUACAUCGUGAGCAAGGUCUUCCGGCUGCCUACCACAGAUGCUCUGGCCAUCUCGGUUGAAACCGGAAUCCAGAACACCGGUAUUGCCAUUUUUCUGCUGAGAUUUUCACUGCCGCAACCGGAGGCCGACCUCACUACGGUGGUUCCGGUAUCGAAUGCCAUUAUGACUCCAUUCCCGCUUAUGGCGCUGUAUCUGGCGAUGAAGAUUCGCGAAAGUCGAUCUGCCCACUCCAGGUCACGUUCCUUUCCAGAUGUUCCGUACGCAAGGAUGCACUGAUACCCAAAGGGCCGAGUAGCGACGCAAUCAGGGACGCUAAUGAUGAAACUCCCUAACUGAUUGCUCUGCAAGUAAGAGAUCUUCAAACGCAUUUGCAUGUGUACAUACACUUAUCGAAGGUAUUGAUUUUGUACUGAUUUUAUGAAAAUAAAUUAUAUUGUUUUGUAAUAAGUGGUUGAA